AUGACUACCCUUCAAAUAGAAGGUCACCCUCUCCGCUCCAUCCUGUUCUUAGAUGCUGCAAAAGCGUUUGACAGGCCAAAUCUACAAGGAUUCAUACUUUCUCUGAUUUUUCUCUUUGCCAUUGAUAAUAUUAACAAGAAUCCUGACAUUUUGCCCAAUAUUACCCUGGGAUAUCAUGUUUAUGACUCAUGUGUAGAUGUAAGAUUGGCAGCACAACGUGUUUUAUAUCUUCUAUCCGGUCCGGGGAAGGUGAUACCGAAUUACUCCUGUAGUAGCCAUGAUCGGCUGGUUGGUAUCAUUGGAGAUCACCACUCAUCUACCACUAUUCCAGCAGCACAAAUCCUUGGACUGUAUGGAUAUCCUCAGAUCAGCUAUGGAGCCACCGACCACUCACUAUCUGAUAGACGCCUCUAUCCACAUGUUUUCCGCACAGUCCAAAGUCAACAUGUCCACAAUAUGGUAAUAACCAAACUAUUGAAGCACUAUGGCUGGACCUGGGUUGGGAUUUUAGUAUCGGAUGAUGAUGCGGGAGAGAAUGAACUACAGAUACUAACAAAGUACAUGAGAGAGCACGGGAUCUGUGUCGCCUUCACCAUAAAACUUUCAGAGAAAAAUGAUUAUAAGGAUGAUGAAUAUGAACAAAUUUCACGUUCAUUACAGAAUCCACAAGUCCGUGUCAUUAUAAUGUCCGGAUCCUAUUCUCGUCAUGGGACUACUUUAGUAACAAAAUAUAAUUCUUUAUUUUUGGACAAAACUCUAAUCCUUCCUCCAUCUUGGGCUUUCAGUGAGAUCAUUGCAGAACGCCAAUUUCCACCAUUGAAUGGAAGUCUAACUGUGGACUUUUUAUCAGAAUUUUUUUGGGGACAGGAAGAUUUGGUAAAAAAACAUAAAACACUUCCCAUCAUAUUCCAUUGUGAUGAUUUCUGGAUAAAUUUAGAUAUAAUAGCAGGAAAUAAGGAUAAAGAUUCCUUUGUUUCGUUUAAAAGAUCAAAAAACAGCAUAAUGUCUACUUUACCAAGUCUGAGGAAUUACCUCUCCUCGGGGGUCUCUCCAAGAGUCUAUGAUGCCGUAGAAAUCCUGGCAAAAUCUCUACAUGAAAUGUUCUUAUAUGUAAAAGACAAAUAUCAAGAAAAUUCAAUAACUGGACUUAUACAACACAGACGGAAGUUACAGCGCUACAUACAGAUGAUGAAGAGUUCACUGGAUCCAAUGAGACCUUCAUAUUACUUUACUGACCAAGGAGAAGCCUUACAUCCAUAUAAGAUAAUGAACUGGAUAUUUAUAGAUAAGACCACACAUAUGGAUGUACGAAUGGUUGAAGUAGGGAAUUAUACCCCAUGGGCGAUCAGUGGUCAAGAGCUUUACAUGAAUUCUCAGUUAAUAACAUGGAAACAAACACAGGAGGUACCAGUAUCCCGCUGCUCAGACCCAUGUUUACCUGGAAGUCGGAAAAAGGCGGGAAAAUCAAUCUAUACCUGCUGCUAUGACUGCGUCCCAUGUUCAGAAGGAGAGAUAUCCAAUAUAACCGAUUCAGAAAACUGCAUGAAAUGCCCAAGUGAUGAAUGGCCAAAUGAGAAGAGAGACCGAUGCCUGCCCAAAGUCAUAGAUUUCAUCUCUUACCAAAAUGACACAAUGGCUUCUGUAUUCUCCUUUGUCUCCAUCUUUGGAUGUUUGGUGACUGGCUUCAUUUUUGGAAUAUUUAUCUCCUACCGGGACACUCCUAUUGUUAAAGCUAAUAACCGGAACCUGAGUUAUCUCCUCCUGUUCUCCAUCCUCCUCAGCUUCCUCUCUGUCUUCUUGUUUCUUGGUCGUCCCAGUGAUGUCUCUUGUAGAUUACGUGAAACCAGUUUUGGAGUCUUCUUCUCAGUCGCCGUCUCUUCACUCCUCUCCAAGACCAUUAUGGUUUGUGUUGCUUUUAAGUCCACCAAGCCUGGAAGCUCCUGGAGAAAAUGGCUGAAUGUGAAGCUGCCCUAUACCAUAGUGUUGUUGUGUUCUUCCAUUCAAGUUGUAAUCUGUGUUAUCUGGUUGUCUAUCUCUCCCCCAUUCCAGGACCUGGACACUCAGUCUUAUCCUGGGAAGAUCAUCAUUCAGUGUAAUACAGGCUCAGAUAUCUGGUUCUACUCCAUGUUGGGUUAUCUGGGGUUCCUGGCAGCGGUGAGCUUUGUUCUGGCUUUCAUGGUGAGGACAUUACCGGACACUUUCAAUGAGGCCAAGUACAUCACCUUCAGCAUGCUGCUGUUCUGCAGUGUCUGGAUCGCCAUGAUCCCAGCUUAUCUGAGCACCACAGGGAAAUCCAUGGUGGCUGUGGAGAUCUUUGCAGUGAUGGCGUCCAGUGCUGGACUUUUAGGGUGUGUGUUUUUCCCAAAAUGUUUUAUCAUUUUAUUGAAAUCUGAAAUGAAUAGGAAAACUGAUCUGCUGGGGAAAAGGAAGACCUGA